ACAUGGCCAGCCCGCUGGCGCUGCUGGAGGAGCUGAGCUCUGGGGACUGCGGCCGCGACCUGGCCACGCGGCUGGUGAAGCUCUUCCUGGGCCGCGGCCUGGCCGGCAACUUCCUGGACUACGUCACGCGCCGGGAGCUGGCCCGCACGGCCGACCCCAACGUCCUCUUCCGUUCCAACUCCCUGGCCUCCAAAUCCAUGGAGCAGUUCAUGAAGCUCGUGGGCAUGCACUACCUGCACGAGGUGCUGCGCCCCAUCAUCAGCCGGGUCUUCGAGGAGAAGAAGUACAUGGAGCUGGACCCCUGUAAGAUGGACCUGAGCCGAGCCAGGAGGAUCUCCUUCAAGGGCGUGCCCUCCGAGGAGCAGGUGCGCGAGACCAGCCUGGGGCUGCUGACCGGCUACCUGGGGCCCAUCGUGGACGCCAUUGUGGGCUCGGUGGGGCGCUGCCCGCUGGCCCUGCGCCUGGCCUUCAAGCAGCUGCGGCGGCGCGUGGAGGAGCGCUUCCCGGGGGCGGGGCACGAGCGAGCCCCGCACGUCCCCUCAGCCGCCGGCUGCAGCCGCACGCACUCCGCGGUCACCCUGGGGGACUGGAGCGACCCGCUGGACCCCGACGCCGAGACCCAGGCUGUGUACAGGCAGCUGCUCCUGGGCCGGGACCAGCUCAGGAUGAAAUUCCUGGAGGAUCUGAACCCAGAUCUAGUUCCAGAGGCCGACGCCGGGAAGGAUCCGGGCACCACUGACAGACCCCCCCCUGAGGUCCUGGCCCGGCAGAGAGCAGCCGCCGCCCACCUGCUGCAGGUGCUGGAGGACCUGGACCGAGCCCAUGAGGAGUUCCUGCUGCGGCUCUGAGGAAGGCCGAAGCCGCCCUGGCACAGGGGGUGGGAGCAUGUGCGGGGCUCUGGGGCGGUCCUCCGUGCCCCAGUCCUGCCCAGGGCGGGGGCCGGGCCUCCGAUCCCACAAGGCUUUGCUUUCUGGGUUGGAUAAGGAACCUGACUGGUCAACCUGGAGUCUUUGCGUCUCUGGACUCACCUCUUCCUUACUCAAGAAGCCAGCCUGGUCCUGAGCUGCUGGAUACAGCUGUUCCUGAAAUCCUAAUGCCUAGCUAGUCUUACUGUCCCAGACAGGCACUCAGUGGGCCCCGUUCUUCCUGUUCUCAACCCCUGUGCUUCACCAACCACCCAGUCCUCCGUCCCUGGCUAGACCCCAACCCCCAAGCCUUUGGAAUUGGGUGCCUUGAAGCAGAACUGCAGUUGGGUACCAAGUCUGCCAAACUCAGAUCCAUGGAGCUUGGGAAACGUUGGGCCUGGCUCCGCCCCCACUCCCUUCACCCCACCCUCUGUGCCUCAGUUUACCUUGUAUAAAAUGAGAAGGGAGUGAG